AUGGGCAUGGAAAUUCUGAAGCGCCUUGUUGCCGAAGCCAACCGCCUCAACCCGUCACGGCAUACUUGCGUUGGUGGUGUUAUCCAUCUCGAUCAUCCGUACCAUGACAUCACAAGCAUGGUUGGCAUUCAUUACCAGGGGCUCGUCAACACGGUUGAGAAAGUUACGAGCUACUUCCCAGAUAAGCCACAUAUCCAGGAUGAAUGUGGUCUGCAUGCUCCAACGCGCGGUGUAUACACGACACAACCAGGGCGCAACAGCGAGUUCUCAACAAUUAGCGGUCUGAUGCCAUCAUUCGCUAACAUGACCAAGGUUCCAGCCCUGGGCUCCGGCGACCUCGUAGCAAGAGACAACAUUUCGAGCAUCCUCACCGAUGUCUUCCUCGAUUCCGCAACCACCGGUGGCUGCAUCUGGACUGGCAUGGACUACCACGGCGAGCCUGUUCCGACCGCAUGGCCCUCAGUGAUCUCAGCGUACGGUGCCGGUCAUCUUAUUGGACUUCCGAAAGACUGCUACUUGCUCGUACGGUGCAUCUUCAAACGCGACGAGCCUCUCGUCCAUGCAUUCCCGCACUGGACAUGGCCGGGCAAGGAAGGGGAACGGAUCCCAUUCCGCGUGUACUCCAAUUGCCCUAGUGUCCAGGUCUUGGUGAUCGGGCAGACAAUCAUUGACCAGCGAGCUGUCGAAAGUCCACAGCGUACUUCCCAGAAGGGCUUCUAUAUCCCCGGGCGAACUACCGGUUCGUGGCCUCAACUCCGUCGGCGCAGUCGUGGCAGAGCACCGAGCUCGCACUGCAGGAAGACCGCGCCGGCUGCUACUGCAGGGUGA